CCGCGCGCGCCAUGACGUUAGCAUGAAAAAAUAACGCAGCUCGCCACAGCUGUGGCAUUCGUGUUUGUUGUGGUUAUGUCUCGCGACGAGAUCCGAAACUCAGGUGACCGUGAUCCGUACAUUUUUCCCUUCCGGUCCGUAACGAGAGCCGUCUCGCCGUCGCCGCGGUUGUUCAAGCUCGUCGCGAGUUAAAUCCACUCCUUUCCCCUUCUCGUUCGUCUCUCACGCUCUAAUCUCCCCUACCUCUCCUCGCUGUUGAACUAUUUUCGCACGCGCGAGUCUUCGGGGGGCACCGAGCACCCGGGAACGGUAAGAAGUAUGUGUCUACGUAUACGCGCGACUCGAUAACGCUCGGCCGCGAAAUAUGUCAGCGAGCGCUCCGGAUCUGGAUGAGACUAUAACGAACGCGGAAUACUGCAUUCACGAUGGCUACCUCGUUGACGACGAGGUCGACCAAGUCGACCUGUCGGACCUACGGCUCGAUGACGAUGACGACUGGUUGUACAUGCCUCCGCAAUGCCCAAUCGAGUCUCCAAUCCAGGAUUUAUAUGCCUGGCUGAAGACUGAACCCGAAUUGGAUGUUCGAAAUAACAAAAAAUGCAUCGACACGAGAACAUUCACAAGACCUAAGAAACGAUCGGCUCGAAUGAGUUUUGAAUCAAUUUUCGAAGGACUAUCGCCUCCCAUGACAGAUAUACAAAAGCUGCAAUAUACGGAAAACGUUACGCUUAUUGAAAAUGAAGAAAAAUAUUUGUCUCCAACAAUUAGAAAUAAAGAAUCUGUACCAUCGAUCCUCAAACCAUCUACUAGCACAGCUAUGAACAACCUAUCCGACGAAAAUUUUAUAACAUCAGGGCAGGAAAGCCUGGAAGCUUUCCUAAACAUGUCGCAGUCCAAAGGAAUAGAUUCGUUUAUCAACUUAGGCGAACCCGAGUUCAACGAUAUGUUGAUGAACGUGUCGCAGCCUUCGGUUUUGUACACGUCCGUUAUCGCAUCUAAAAAUGAGUCUAUGUACAAUAAAAACGACACAGUAAUAAAUGAAAACACUGCUCAAAAUAGCGACACGAAAGAAGGCUCAAACGGUGACGUCAAUGAAACAUUCGCGAUUCAAGAUAUUGACAAUACGAUUACUGUAGAUGAGAUAAAUUAUACUGAAAAUACUCUAAGCAACAUCCGUAAAGAAAUUCUUCAAUUGAAUAAAGGUUUGAACGAAACGUUUAACACUGAAACUCUUGCUGGAACGUCAAUGUCAAGAUCAAGUCUCGACAAAGAAGAGUCGACCCCUUUGUCUUCCACUUUCGUAACCGAGCCUAAUGCUGCCCUCGUGCAAUUACAAAAUUUAUCGAGUAAUGGCAUUAAGUCACUAAACACCACAUAUUUGUUCUCGGCGAAAGAUGCUGAGAGAUCGAAUUCGCCCAUAUUAAUUAACGAUACCUACGUACCUACGAUGCAUGCAAAUAAAGCGGAUUUGAAUGUAACGUGUAAUAUUUUGCCGGAUGAAAUCGCAUCCGCGGUGCUCUCCACACGCGAGACACAAGCGCGUGAGAGCGCUUUAGACAUAUCUUUCAAAGUGCCUGGCCACCAAUCCACGCCGAUGAAUCCAAAUAUACUGGACCCAACGUCGAAAUCCACUACAAAACGCCUGGACCAGCCGCAAUCAAUCGCGUAUUCCACGUCUUUAAAAGCUCCUACAUCAUUGAGGCGAGAGUUGCUGGCAGAAAUUCAACGAAGCAACGAGCGCAAGCUGGACGCUACGUAUAAUCAUAUCCCUAGCGAGCAUCUCGGCUUGAGGGAGACCGAGGAAGAUAUUCACGUAGCUAGGAAUGAGACUGAUAUUCCUCCGACAAACAGAUAUCACACGUACAAAAAGACUACGACAAACAAUCAGCGUGUAAGUCAGAACGAAACGGCUGUAACUGCUCAAAAGGAAUUACCAAUGGACCAACGUAAAUUUUAUACUUUCACCAAAAAAAGUCAUCCUGUCGAAAGAAUCGACAAUAUUGCCGGCGAAAUUGUCGAGACGCGUCCGAAUAUGGAUAGCACGUUUUGCAAACCUCAUGUUUCGUUAAUGCAGCAGAAGAAAAACAUCCCGAGAACGUUGUCGAAGUUACCUCAGUUCUUGCAGAAGUCCAAUCCCAAUCUUGUAUCGAGUUCGAUGAAGAGCGCUGGCGCCGGUGUGCUCGUUGAUCGCGCGGGUAUAUCCGGUAUAGGAUACAUCAAAGGCUCGCAACCCAAUAUCAUGCAGAACAUCACAGAGAAGUCACAGCUGUCGAGCAAGUUGUUUCCGUAUGGCAAGAUAAAGAGCGGCUCCGAGCAACGGUUACCCGAGGCUAAUGUGAAUAUGAAUAAUCAGUUUCCGAUGAAAGGUGCGACUGCCGGUUCAACGGAGAGUAUAGAGAGCACUCAUAGUGUUCACAGCGCUCCCGAUCUGGAUGAUAGACUCAGUACAUACUCCGACAACAGUAAUUCGUGCACCAAACAAACGAUCGAGCAAUUACAUAAGCUGGUGCGAAUGCAGGAAGAGAGUUUACAGCAGGAUUCAGCGCCUAGACACGUUCUAGAGAACACGUGGAUUGAAGAAAAAAUAAAUUUGCCUUCCCCGAUUCUAAAAAAUGGUUUAGAAUAUAGCGAGGGUAAUGGGCAUUCGCAAAAUACUGACUUAAGUAUGAAAUGUAGCUCUCCAAUAGUCAGUCCCACUGGGUCUAGUCAUGCAUUAAACAACGAUGGAAAUGCCGAAGGUAACGUGGCAAAAGCUAAGGAUGAAACUGUAGUGAUUGAAAAGGCAAAGGACCCAAAUCAAGUAGUGCCUAAAAUUGAGAAUAAGACUCGGUUGAGGCAGCCAACCAAUUGGAGUGCCGGAAAUAAGCCAGCUGCUGUGAUAAGCGGAAUUCCUAGACCCGCAUCGCGUAUACCGGCUCCCAGAUUUGUUCGACCGAGCGCGAAAACCACUCAAUCCGACUUAAGAAAAGGAUGCACAUGAAAUUCCGAAUGGUAAAAACAUACAAAAAAAAAUAGUCUUUCACAAAUAAUUAACAAUAUGGCGAUUAAAAUAAUAGAGAUAACUUUCAGUUCCAUUACGUAGUAACAAUAAAGUUUUUCGAAGCUGAUAAAAAAUUCAGUAUUAUUGAGCUUCCAGGUUGGAUGAUAAAAAAACGAUUAUUAUUAUUAAUAUCUGCGUGUUGUUUGUUUGUAUUUAGUUUGUAAAAUUAGUAAUGUGAAAUAUUGUCUCACGUUAUUAUUUCUAUUUAAUAUAUAUAUAUGCAUUUUUUACGAUCUGAAGCAUAAUUGUCUCAUUAAUAAGCAUUGAAAAUAUUUAUACUAUUUUCUACAAAUUUGUAACAUAUUUCAAGAAUUUGUUCGUGUCUAAGUAAUAUAUAUAUAUAUAUAUAUUAAAAAGUGCGAUCUAUUUCGCGGAUAAGAUCGUUUAAGUCGUCUAUUUUAUCGUUGCCAAAACCAAGAUUUCAAGGUGCAGAUCGUAUUGAUGUUGUUUGUAAUUUCUAUGAUGUAGAAAUUGAGAUUUCUGUUUGGUAUUUUACACAAAAGGCCGAAAAAAGGCUAUUUUUUUACAAAGUAGUUAAUACAAACAAUGGCAAUAAAUCUAAAAUCUUUGUACAUAAGAAAAAAAUAUAUAUAGCGUUAUAGAAAAAAAAUCGUUCAAAUAUUUUCUAUUAAAUGAUAAAUGACAGAUUGGCCGAUAAAUUUAUAAACGAUGAACACAAAAACAAAAGACUGCGAGUGUAACUCACAUCCUUGCAGCUGAUAAAAAAUUCAGUUUUUCACUUCAUCUAUCCGUCCCAUUGAAUUUCUGCUUUCUUCAUAAGCUAACUCGUCAGAUAUUGUCGAAUCACCCGAAACAUAUCACACUUACAUGAUACAAAGAAAUUUAUAAAAAAGGUUGACACAGUGAUAUUUAUAUACAUAUGUAUGUAUAAGAAAAUUGUUCGAACUGUAUGUUCAUAUCAGGUGUUCAAGUACCUGUUCAACCAUUGACACGUUUUCAAGAAAAAAAUAAAAUCAUAAAUAUAUUCUGUGAUUUCACAUAUUAUAUAAUACACAUUAUACACAUAUUGUAUACAUCGUAUCGCGUGUACAUAUACAUUUUGUAUAGAAAGUUUUUUUUAUACAUUAAUAAUUACUGAAACAAACAUAGAGUCACAUUUUGACUUCUUGUAAACUCCACAUUCUGCACAAUCAAGAAACAAAAGUGUUCAUAUGCUUUGUUUCGUUGUUUACCAAGAAAACUCGCAAACUUCUAAUUUAACUUGAAUAUUCUAAAAAAUUGUCAAUUACGAUUGCAGCAUGGCACAGCAAAAUAUGUUAAAAAUAUGUUUACAUACGUUAAUAAAAAUAACAUUUUUUAUUAUGAGAAGGUAUUCGUAAGAUUCUUAUCGAAUGAGUUAUAUUCUACAAUUAAAUUACAAAAAUAUUCAAUAAAACUACAUUAUUAAUAUUUAUUUUCUGUAGUGGAGAUAACGUAAAUUAAUUUUAGUCGCAAAUCAGAAUUGAAACAAUGUCGUGUAUGCCUAUUGUAAAUAAUAAAACAAAUAAGUGAUCGUCGUAUCAUAAUCUUUAUUUAUGUCGAUAAGUGCUAGACCUUAAGUGCCUUUAUUGUAUUAAUCGAAAUACAAAUAGCGGUUUUUUAUACAUGAAAAUACAAAAAUUAAGAAAAUGCGCUCACUAAUCUAUCAAGUUUUACUGCCCAAAUAAUGCUGGAAAUAUUUAAUGUUACCUUUUUUUAUGAAUCUUGUAAUAAUAAAUAAUAUACAUGUUAUUACGUA